AUGUUACUUGAAGCAAUGAAACAAGGAAGUCAGAAGAUAUUUGAAUUCCUAUUUAAAAAAGGUGCAAAAAUACAUUUCCAAAUGAAUCAAAACACAAUAUUAAGAUCAAAAUUGGAUAUUUUUAAAUUAUAUUGCUCAGCACUUGCAAAGUCCGAUCUUGAUAAAUUUUUAAUUGAAAAGAUCAAUGAAAUCGAACCUCAAAAGGCGAAAAUCUUAUUAGAACUUGGUGCAAAUGCAAAUACAACCAUGAUUUGCAAAAUGAAUAAAUCAAAUAACACAUAUGAAGAAUCAUUAUUAAUACUUUCAAUAAAGAGGAAAUGCUUCGAAUUAGUGGAUUAUCUUAUUAAUAACGGAGCCAACAUUAACGACAAGAUUAAUAACAAAAAAUCAUUAAUUAUUUAUGCUCUUGAAUCUCAAUCGUACAAAAUUAUUCAGUACUUGCUGGAUCUUGGUGUGGAUAUCAAUGGAAAAGAUCAAUUUGGAAAAGAAUCUCUUCUGUAUGCCUUGAAUACAGGAACUGAUGAAAUAAUGACGAUGUUGAUUCGUCAUGGAUUAGAUAUCAAAGGAAUCCAUGAAAACCAAGUAUUAAGAGAAAAAAUGAUUACUCGUUUCAGCGAAAGUACUCUAGAAGUAUUAUUAGACAAGUAUCCUGGAUAUUUCAAUGAACCAAAACAUGGGCAUCCAAUGCUGUAUUAUGCAGUUAUAAAUCAUUCUUAUGAGAAAGUCAGAGUUAUUUUAGAUCACGAUUUCAAAAUGAAUAAUCAUUUAUCAAUAUUUAUUGAUGCCUAUAAGACAGGUGAUAUAGAAAUUUUCAUUUUACUCCUUCAAAGUUAUAAAGAAUUGGAUUUCAAGAAGAAAUCUGAUGAAAACAUUAUAAAUAUGGCACUUAAAUUACAAUCUAAUGAAACAUUAGAUAUUUUAGUUGAAAAGGGAUAUUUGAAUUGCAUCAACAUUGAACAAUUAUACACAAAAUUUAUGAUAGAAUUCAAUAAGAAUGAAUAUCUCAAACACUUCAUUCAUGUUCUAAAAUCAAAAAAUAUCAAUUUAGAUUUCAAAUCAUCAUCACCAAUGUUAAUUGCAUGCAAAUAUCAAAGAUAUAAAGUACUAGAGCCAUUAAUUGAUUCAAAUUAUUUCAAAGAAAAAGAUUUAUUUGAAUCACUUCAAUAUUUAUUUAAAUGUAAAUCUCAAGUUACAACAAAAAUUGAAAUAAAAAUCAUUCAAAAUAUUCCAAAUGGAGAUUUCUCAAUUAAUGGAAUCCCCGCCUUGACAUAUGCUAUUCAAAUUGGCAAAUUAAAAGUUGCAGAAUUGCUUCUCGAAAAAGGUUGCAUUAUCAAAAGUGAUAAUAUUAACACAAAAAUGAUCCAAACUGCAUUAUUCAGUUCAAUUAAAUUCAAUUCCGUCGAAUUAGCAAAGUAUCUCAUGUCAUUCAUGGAUCAAGUUCCUAUUGAUCUUUUUGCAGAAGCAAUAAAUCAGAAAUCAUUUCCAAUUGUUAAAGUUUUGCUUGAUUCAGGAAAAAUUAACAAUAUAAAGAAUCGAUCAAUGCUUAUAGAGAACAUUAUCAAUGCUUUGAAUGAACAAAUGUAUAUCUAUGGAUAUAGAAAUAUUAGUGAAUUUUGGAUAAAAUUAAUUGUUGAAUUGAUUGAUAAAGAAUUUGCAUGCAAAUAUCAAACCAUACUUAAUUUUGCCAUUAAAACAAUGUCCAAUGAUAUAAUAUCAGCAUUAAUUUCAAAGAGACAAAUCUAUCAAAUAAAUUUGAAAGAGCUUUAUGAACAAGUCAUGAAAGGAAAUCAAAAUAACUUUUAUUUUGAUAGCAGAGAUAAAUUCUUAUAUCAAUUUAAUGAAACUUUGAUUGGUUUAGGUAUUGAUAUGAAUGAAUUGUCAGCACUAUCAUUUGCAUACGGAAACCCAGAUUUAAUGAAAUUACUGCUUGACAAUUCAAAAUUUGAUCAAGAAUCAAUACAGAGUUCAGUUAUUAAAUUAUUAAAUGAUCACAAUCCUAAUGAAUUUGUUCUUAUGGAGCUUUUUGACAAAUUGCAAAGCAUGGAUAAUCUAGUGAUCAAUGGAAUGCCAUUACUAAUAUUUGUUAUCCAAAAAUUUUCAAUCAAAUUGACAAGAUUUCUUAUCUCAAAAGGUAUUAAUGUUAUGACAUGCUAUCAAUGA